AUGCUUCCCACCUCCGUCGACCUCACGGGAGCCGCGCGCUCCGUGCAGCUGUUCAAGAUCGGCGGCUUCGCAGCUACCAAGGAGAAGCCAGGGUACACCGCGUCGAGAGAGUGCGCCGUCGGUGGACUCAUGGGCACUUCCCUCGAUCUGGAGGAAAUGACCGCGUCCUCCAUGUUCUAUGAGAACAAAUCCCUGGAUGUCUCUCUCAUCAGGCGGAGCGACCUGGAGGGAUCGCGACGUCGGUAUGAGAGAGACGACUCCAUACUUGUGCUAUGCUCGAUCAACGUCCUCGAACCUAGGGAUGCGGUGGCGGCGGCGGCGGCGGCGGCCGUGGCCAGCAUGCCAUCCCCCGACCUGCACCAGCAAUUCGGUGAGCUGCUGCGGAGCCAGAAGGGGGCGGACAUCACGUUCCUCGUCGCCGGCGAGCCUGUCGCGGCCCACCGGUCAGUGCUCGCGGCGAGGUCGCCGGUUUUCAUGGCCGAGUUCUUCGGCAACAUGAAGGAGAAGGCGUCGCUGUGCGUCGAGAUCAAUGACAUGGAGGUGGAGGUGUUCAGGACCUUGCUGUAUUUCAUCUACACCGACACGGCGCCCGAGCUGGACCAGGAGGGGGAGCAGGCGACAUUGAUGAUGGCGCAGCAUCUUCUUGAAGCGGCAGAUCGGUAUGGAUUGGAGAGGCUCAAGAGGAUCUGUGUGGAGAAGGUGUACACGGACAUCAGCGUGGACACGGUUGCAACUACAUUGGCUUUGGCGGAGCAGCACGGGUGCUCUGAGCUCAAAUCCAGGUGCAUGAAGUUCAUCUUGGCUACCCCAGAAAAUCUCCAAGCUGUCGCUGCAACUGAAGGGUACAAGCACCUCGAGGCAAGCUGCCCCUCCGUUUUGACUGAACUUCUGAAGCUCAUCAUGGUCAAGGGGAACAAGUAG